AGUCUUACUGCAAGCUAACCAGUGUUUCGACAAGAUGGUGUAUAAUUUCAAAGUGUUUAAAAAGUGCUCCCCCAAUGGAAAAAUCACCCUGUAUAUGCCGAAACGGGACUUUGUUGAUCAUAUUUCUUAUGUUGAGCCGAUAGAUGGCAUCGUGGUGGUGGAUGAGGAGUACGUGAGUGACCGGCGCGUGUUCGCGCAGGUGGUGUGCACAUUCCGCUACGGCCGCGAGGAGGACGAGGUCAUGGGCCUAUCUUUCUACAAGGAGCUGUACCUCGCCUCCGAGCAGGUCUACCCGCCACUGCAGAAGCGACCCACCGACCUCAGCCGCACGCAGGAGCGCCUCCUGAAGAAGCUGGGCGAGAACGCGCUGCCGUUCCGGCUGAGCCUGCCGGCCGGCUCGCCCGGCUCCGUGUCGCUGCAGCCCGGCCUGGAGGACGAGGGCGAGCCGUGCGGAGUGCACUACUACGUCAAGCUGUUCGUGGGCGAGACCGAGAUUGACCGCACGCACCGCCGGAGCACCGUGGCGUUGGGCAUCCGCAAAGUGCAGUUCGCGCCCGACAAGCCGGGCCCGCAGCCCUGCACCGUGGUGCGCAAGGACUUCGUGCUGUCGCCCGGACAGCUGGAGCUGGAGCUCACGCUCGACAAACAGCUGUACAUCCACGGCGAGACGGUGGCGGUGAACAUCAGCAUCCGCAACCACAGCAACAAGGUGGUGAAGAAGAUCAAGGCCAGCAUUCUGCAGACCGUUGACGUGGUGCUCUUCCAGAACGGACAGUACCGGAACGUCGUCACGGGAGUCGAGACGCAGGACGGCUGCCCGCUGCAGCCGGGCGCCAACAUGCAGAAGGUGGUGCAGCUGCGGCCGGCGCUGGGCGGCCUGCGCGACCGGCGCGGCAUCGCGCUCGACGCACAGCUCAAGCGCGCCGAGACCACGCUCGCGUCCACCACGCUCUUGCUGGACCCGGAGCAGCGCGACGCGUUCGGCAUCGUGGUGAGCUACAGCGUCAAGGUCAAGCUGUACCUGGGCGCGCUGGGCGGCGAGCUCAGCGCGGAGCUGCCCUUCAUCCUCAUGCACCCCAAGCAGGAGGGCCGCGCGCGCCUGCUGCAGGCCGACAGCGACGCCGACGUGGAGAUGUUCCGCCAGGACACCGUGCUGCACCAGGAGAGCGUCGAGGUGUACUGAGCAGACAUGCCCGCUUGUUGGACCGCCCGGGAACUCGCUAGCAAUUGAUUCGAUAACUGCUACUCCGUUUUUGAACUCCCGACCGGCCUUUCAAUAAUUUACAAUAACUCGUCAUUAUUACUAUUGUUAUACUAUAAUUAUAAUUAUUUUUUGGUAUAUUAUACCAAUAUGUGGCUAGACACUUGUUUGUUAUCUCGACCGCGAUAUUUAAAUGUUAUAACCUUAAUUUCAUAAAAUUUACUCUUCAAAUAAAUUCCAGCACUUCCAAAUUAGACUCUGAUGAGCUAGUUGUAUUAAUAUGUAUUUGCUAAUAUCUAUAUACAUGCUGAACAGCUAAUAAUAAGCACUUAUUAAACUUAAUUAUUCUGUUUAUUUAUUGUUUAGUGCCUAUGUAGCAUUCAACAAUUUAUUUUAAUAUUAUCUCUGUCCAUCAAUUCUAAAAAUUUAUGUAAAUGAAUCGACAAUUAAAGUUAUAAAGGAUCGAAAACGGCACUCAUGUGUCAGUUAAGUUAUCGUAAGUUAAAACUGAGUUAAUCUUGCAUGGUCAUUGUUCAGAAACGUAAUUUCGUUAGUUAUCGAACAAAUAGUGCGAACGAAUAGAUAAACCGCCUGUAAAUGUACCUACCUCAGAAACCAUACAUCAGACACCAUGAUUAUACCUAAUGUUCUCAUAGUAUUUCUUCUAAUUCGUCAUUCAAAUGCUUGCUUUCAACCAGUGCCGUGCCUUUCUUGUACUGCUGUACCGGGCAGCUCCUUCGUCAUAUAUUUACAAUGAUUUUCCAUAUUUAUUUCUUUGGUUCUUAUGUAUUUUGUUACAUAAAUUUUAGCUGUAAGUAUUUAUUAAUUCAUAGAUUUGAAUCAAUACUGUGUGUCUAUUAUAGGAUUUUUAUAGGAUCAUUAUUCCUAAAGAAAACAGAACAUUUAAUUAUAUUAUUCA